GCCCACACCGUCGGCGUCAGAGGAACCGACCAGAACGCGCGCCGGCGGCCAUGUCCUCCUCGCAGUCGCCGGAGCCCUCGACGCCGGGGACCCCCACCCCUGUCCUCAGCGUCCGCAUCGUCUCCAUCGACUACUACAUGGCGCCGCCCCUCCCCGGCUUCGACUUCUCGCGCAGCCCCUUCCACGGCGAGGAGGUGGAGGAGGUGCCGGUGAUCAGGAUCUACGGCUCCACCCCCGCGGGGCAGAAGACGUGCCUCCACAUCCACCGGGUCCUGCCAUAUUUGUAUGUACCUUGUCCAGAGGAGCUGCUCUAUAAUCUAGACAAAGGUAAUUCAUAUAUAACUGGUCUCCUGAGUGACCUUGAAAAAGCGUUGCAGAUUCGUGGCCCAUCAAAACGGAAGCAUGUGCAUGGAUGUAGCCUUGUUAGAGCAAAGAAGUUGUAUGGCUACCAUGCAUCCGAGGAGCUUUUUAUGAAGAUUUAUCUAUAUUAUCCUCAUGAGGUUUCUCGAGCUGCGAACCUUCUGUUGAGUGGUGCUGUUUUUAAUAGAGUGUUUCAGCCUUAUGAAUCUCACAUUCCAUAUCUUCUUCACUUUUUGGUUGAUUACAACUUGUAUGGAAUGGGACAUAUACAUGUCAAAGACUUCAAGUUUCGUCCUCCAUUGCCAGAUGAUUUUCAUCCUAAGUCAUCUUUUCGCAGAAAGGCACAAUCAAAUAAGUCGGAAAUAAAAAGUCCAACAGUUUGGAUAUCUUCAACAGUGUCACAUUGUUCAAUACUGGGCAGUUCAGCCACUUCCCAUUGUUUGAGAGGAACCAAUUCGAGCUUCGCUGGUCGACAUAGUUCUUCAAUGCUUGAAGCUGAUUCAAGAGUAGAAGUUUCACCUUCAGGCAUCAUAAAUGAGAAGUAUAAGAUGUACACUUCUCUUUCUCAAACUACGGAAGAUACGAAAAUGGUUCAGUCCCUUGUAGCAGUUUGGGAGGAACUUGAAUGCUUGCGAUUGUCGGAGGAAACAAAAUGUACUGAUCUGGGUAGACCUUCACGGGAAGAAGUUCUUAAGGAUUUUCUUGAUGGUAUCAAGUAUGAGAGUGCCCUUUCUAUGUUAUUUUCACAAGACAAGCCACAUAGUAAAGGUUCUACCACAGAAGAGUCCGAAAGGCUAGAAAGAUGCUUCAAAUCAUUGUCUGAUAUUGUUGGGACUGUUACAUUCUCACAGGAUGACUACUGUGAUGAUACUGAUGUUGGUAAUUCUGCUGGUAUGCAAAAUGACAAACCAAAUGCAAGUCUUUGCUCAGGGUCAUUGAAAAAAAUUGUGCAGACUAUGUCUCCUGAGAGAAACAGUGAAUAUCUUGUGUCCUCACCUGUGACCCAAAGAACACUAUCUCAGUUUUCUGAUGAAGGUGAAAAGAAAGUGGAUGCUGAAGCCCUUGGACUUUUAAGCUGGCUGGCCUCCUCACAAGCUGCAGAGGAACCAACAACUGACGAUGAAUUAAUUAAUGAAGUCAUCCUCAGCCCUUUGUUUGCCAAGAAGUCCAUUGAAGUUGCUUUAGAGUCUGCUCACCUUGAUUUUGACAGUGCUUCUCAGCAGGAGUGCCAGGAUAUUCUUGAUUCAGUUAAUCCUGUCAAUGCAGCAGAAGAACCAAACACAAAUACAUCUUACCUCGAUUCUGUAAGGCCUAAUUCUACUGCUUCGGUGGGCAACACCAUUCCUCAGGUUGAUGGGUCAUCUGAUGAGAACCCAAAAGUCUCCCAAGAAUAUGAUAGGACCAAGAUCGCUAGGAAAACAGUAGGAUCGCUGAGUUACACACCUACUAAGAAUUCUUCAAAAUCAGCCAGUAAGCGUGGAGGAACUGAACAUCUCUGGGGUUCUUUGCCUCUUUCCAGAAAAAUGCGGGCGCAUCGAAAUGAUCAUGAUCACUGCAGUGCAAUGCCCUCACAGAAGGAUUUUAAUGCAUCUAAUGAGAGUACAGCUGAUAAGAACUAUCAUGAUACCACAGGCAACACUGACAGGGAAUCUUCUAGUUUUAUAGAUGUACAUGAUUCAGUAUGUCAUUCUGUGAGGGAUUUGAUGAGAAGGAGGCGAUCUUUCCAUCGUGAACAGUUGGAGUUUGGUAGUUCUGGGGCUGCAACAUGCACCAUGGCUAAAGAGAGUGAAUUUGUGAAUUCUGGGGGAUUGGAAUUUCAUGAUUUCUCAAGUGAUAUUCCAAACUCAGCAAUAGCUUAUUCUGGUGAUGAAUGUUUACAGAUGACGUUUGCUCAGAAGCCUCCGUUGAAGAACCAUGUAUGUUCUGGUUUGGAGAGUCCUUCGGGUUGUGGACAACGUGAAUCUGCUAAAAUGGGAUUAGCUGAUCUCCUUCCAUUUUUCAAUCAGAAUAUAGAGGAGAAUAGGCAGAAUGAAUUGUUUCAGCAUAUGGAAAGCAGUGAGUUUGCAGGUGGUGCAUUGGGUGUCCCAACUCAUUUCCAAAAUGACGGAUCGGCCCUAUAUUUGCUGACACACGCACUUUCGCCGCCAUCUGCAGUAGCUGUGGGCCAGUGGCUAAGCCAACAAUCUUGUUCCAGUAUUUCCACUGGUUACGGCAACUAUGAUGAGGGAGUCCCAACUGAUAAGGAUGAGGCACACAGUUCUACUUUGUCACGGAAUUCUCCUACCAGAUCUACUUCGGAGAAUUCUGCAACAAAAGUUUCUGUUGUUGGUGAUGUCAUGGAAUCCACUUUAUUAUAUAACAAAGAAAGUAAACAGUUGGAUGAGUGGCAUGACUUUUCCCAGAUAUCAGCUGGAAAUGAGAAGGAUAAGUUCACACCUCUCAGUCAAAUUGGAUUUCGUGAUCCUGCUAGUAUCGGUGGUGGACAACAACUAACUAUACUUAGCAUGGAGGUUUUAACAGAAAGCAGAGGAGAGCUGCGUCCUGAUCCACGUUUUGAUGCCAUCAAUGCUGUGUCUUUGGCCAUCGAGGAUGAUGCUGACAAUACUGUCGAAGUUCAUGUGUUCAUACGUGACAACAAUGACAAAUCACGCAGGAGAAAUCCGGAUGGUAUUACUGGCUGUAAUAUAGACGUCUUCCCUGAAGAGAGGGACCUUUUGAACAAUCUUAUCAGUGCAAUCUGUUCAAUUGAUCCAGAUAUCCUAGUCGGGUGGGAGAUUCAGUUAGGAUCUUUAGGAUUUCUUGCUGAAAGAGCUGCUUAUCUGGGAAUAGGGUUGCUGAAAAGAAUUUCAAGAACACCACCGCCUGAGCUGAAUCAUCCACCUAAAGUUCAAGUUGAUGACUCCAGUCAGGUGCUUGCUGAAGCAUCUUCUGCUGAGGAUGUUAUUGAUGAUGUCAGUGAGAACGAUUGGAGUCAUACUCAUGUGAGUGGUAUACAUGUUGGUGGAAGAAUUGUGCUUAAUUUAUGGCGUCUCAUGCGUGCAGAAGUUAAGCUUAAUAAUUACUCCCUUGAAGCUGUAGCGGAUGAAGUACUGAGGCGAAAGAUACCUCUGAUACCAAACAGGAUAUUGAACCGCUGGUUUGCAACAGGUCCUGGACGAGGAAGACACCGAUGCAUAGAAUAUAUUAGCAAUAGAGCUAGAAUCAACCUUGAAAUAAUAAAUCAACUGGACCUGGUGAAUCGAACAUCUGAACUUGCCCGUGUAUUUGGUAUUGACUUCUUUUCUGUUCUUUCUCGGGGGUCUCAGUAUCGUGUUGAAUCUAUGCUCCUGAGAUUGGCUCAUACACAGAACUACCUUGCAAUUUCGCCCGGGAAUCAACAGGUUGCUUCUCAGCCAGCCAUGGAGUGCUUGCCGCUCGUAAUAGAACCAGAAUCAGCCUUCUACCCUGAUCCAGUUGUUGUAUUGGAUUUUCAGUCCCUCUAUCCUUCCAUGAUAAUAGCGUAUAACCUAUGUUAUUCUACAUGCCUGGGUAAAGUUUUCCCAUCGAAGUCAAAUGUACUUGGUGUCAGCUCAUAUUCGGCAGAUCCACAUACACUUGUAGAUCUGAGAAAUCAGCUCCUGCUUACUCCAAAUGGGGUCCUAUAUGUGCAACCUGAGAUAAGAAAAGGUGUGCUUCCUCGCCUUCUAGAGGAGAUAUUGUCAACAAGAAUUAUGGUGAAACAAGCAAUGAAGAAGUUGGGUCCAUCCCAGCAAGUUCUGCACAGGAUAUUCAAUGCACGGCAGCUUGCUCUGAAGCUGAUAGCUAAUGUGACAUAUGGCUACACAGCUGCUGGGUUCAGCGGUCGGAUGCCUUGUGCAGAGCUUGCAGACAGCAUUGUUCAAUGUGGUCGUAGAACGCUUGAAAUAGCAAUAUCAUUUGUCAACCAGCAUCCUUUGUGGAAAGCUAGGGUUGUGUAUGGUGAUACUGACAGUAUGUUUGUUCUUCUAAAAGGGCGUUCUAGGGAAGAAGCAUUCAGAAUAGGAAAGGAGAUUGCCUCAUCAAUAACUGCGAUAAAUCCUGAUCCAGUCACAUUGAAGUUUGAGAAAGUGUAUCAGCCAUGCUUUCUUCUUACAAAGAAGAGAUAUGUUGGCUAUAGCUACGAGAGUCCUGAACAAAAUGAGCCAGUCUUUGAUGCCAAGGGGAUAGAAACAGUUCGGAGAGAUACGUGCCCAGCAGUUGCAAAGAUUUUGGAACGGUCUAUCAGAAUAAUGUUUGAAGAACAGGACUUGACCAAAGUCAGGCUAUAUUUGGAGCGUCAGUGGACGCGCAUAUUAUCAGGGAAAGUUUCUAUCCGUGACUUUAUUUUUGCAAAGGGGGUCCGAUUAGGUACUUACAGCGCAAGGGCUUCCACUCUGCCACCUGCAGCGAUUGUUGCAACAAAAGCUAUGUUGUCUGAUCCAAGGGCAGAGCCUCGGUAUGCAGAGAGAGUGCCAUAUGUUGUAAUCCAUGGGGAACCAGGGGCUCGUCUCGUUGACAUGGUUAUUGAUCCUUAUGGACUUCUAGAAGUUGGAUCUCCUUAUAGAUUAAAUGAACUAUAUUACAUAACCAAGCAGAUUAUCCCUGCAUUACAACGUGUUUUCGGACUCCUUGGUGCCGACAUGAAUAAGUGGUUUAAUGAGAUGCCUCGUCCCAUACGACCAACUCUUGCGAAGCGCCAGUCUUCUUCUGGUCAUGGUUUGUUUUCUCGUGAUGGCAAGUUCAUCCGAUUAGGAUUGCAUAAUAAAGCCUCCAGCAAAGGAGGCAGGAUAGAUACAUACUACAUGUCAAGCCACUGUUCAAUUUGUGGCGAUCUAAUUCAAGGAUCAGAGAGCUUCUGUGGAAAUUGCUUGAAAAAUGAAGCUGUUGUUGCCACUGUAGUUGCUGGCAGAACAUCAAAGUUGGAGCAAGAAAUCCAACAUCUUGCGGCUAUAUGUGGCCACUGUGGCGGCGCAGACUGGAUCGUUGAAAGUGGGGUCAAGUGUAUUUCCCUUGCAUGCCCAGUCUUCUAUGAACGGAGAAAGAUUCAGAGGGAGUUGAGAGUUGUCUCAGAAUCGGCAGGAGAAGCUGGGUACUAUCCCUUCUGCUGUGCUGAUCUCUUUUGAACAGAACAUGUUCAUACCAUGUAAAUUGUGAGAUCUGUAACUUGUACAUCAAACGUAUCUAGCACCGAUUGUUGUUGUAACAAUGUAGAACAUGUAAUUGAGGAUAUAGGUACAGUACAGUGUAUAUUAAUGAAUGAGCCCCAACUAAUGGGACAUAUGUAUCACAUAGCUUGCUGCUGACCUGCUGUUGGGUUCAGUGUUGAUAUCAUAGCAUUGUAUAACAUGUAUUGAGAGACAAUACCACUGCCUCGUAGUUUCCUGCUGACCGGUAGUUGGGUUCA